AUGCCUUUUGCCCAGACAGGAAACAGCCACCACCCAAAACCAGAGCCCAUCAGGAGAAAUGAUGAAGUUUUGAGGAUUGUAAUGGUGGGGAAGACUGGCAGUGGGAAGAGCGCCACAGGAAACACCAUUCUGGGACCAGACUUCUUCACAUCUAGGUUCAGUUCUAAGUCGAUAACUGUUCACUGUUCUAAAGCUGAAGCUGUGGUGGAUGGGCAGAAGGUUGCAGUCAUUGACACCCCAGGCCUCUUUGACACCACCUUCGGCAUGGAUAAAGCAGCUAAAGAUUUUUCCCAGUGCAUUGGUUAUGCUUCUCCUGGACCUCACAUCUUUCUGGUGGUCAUCAGGUUGGGCAGAUACACUGAAGAGGAAAUGCUGACGGUUCAGAAAAUUCAAGAAGCCUUUGGCCAGGCAGCAGACAAAUACAGCAUGGUUCUCUUUACUGGUGGGGAUCAACUUGAGGACACGUCUAUAGAGGAGUUCUUGGGGGGAAACUUAGAGCUGCAGGAACUCGUGGCCAGAUGUAAUGGCCAGUACCACGUCUUCAAUAACAAGAAGAAGGACCGAGCUCAGGUCACCGAGUUGGUCAUGAAGAUCAGAUGUAUAGUUCAGAAGAACGGAGGAAGCCACUAUACCAAUGAGAUGUUCCAAGAGGCUGAGAGAGAAAUCGAGGAGGAGAAACAACGAGUCCUGAAAGAGAAAGAGGAGCAAAUACGCAGAGAAAGAGAAGAACUGGAGAAGAAAAUCCAGGAAAAAUAUGAGAAAGAGAUGAAGAAAAUCACUGAACAACUCCAGAAUGAGAGACAGAGGGAAAGGAAAGAGAGAGAGGAGGAAAGGAAGAGGGAGACUGUGGAGAGGCAAAGGCAGCUUCAAAACAUGAGAACAUUACAGGAACAGCAUCAAAGACAAGCUGCAGAGGCCCAACGAAGACUAUGGGAAGCCCAACAACAAAGGGCCAGACAUGAAGCUGAAAUUGUUGUGAAAACAUGUAGAAAAGUGAGCAAGUGUUUUAUAAUGUGAUUUAUUCAGUGAAAGCCACUCUGUGGUCUUAGUGGAGUAAAUAAUGUCAGUCAGUGUCAUGGUAACCAAAUUCACACAUUAGGAAAUUCUAAUCAUCUGAGUAUCUGAGUCAAUUAAACUGGAAUAUCAGUCAUUUAACAUGAAUGCCACAUCAAACGUGUGACACUGUAAAGUCUGUAAACGGCUCUGUGGAUGUGAGUUUGGAGUCUAAAACUGUUGCUGCUGAAUGAAGGUAAAGAGAAGAAGACGCCUAACCCAUCCAUGUACCAACAACAUUACUGUAAUGAGGGGUUUUAUAGCCACUAGACUUCUUCAUGAAAGCUUUUAAAAUCACAGAUUUCAGCUAGCUGUUGUUAUUCCAGUAUUUACGUUUGUCCAGAUGUUCCAAGAGUUUGUCAGGUACAUGUUAUGUUAAAUCUCCAGUGAUUUAUUAUCAAAUUUAUA